AUGCCUUUUUCGAAUGACGGUACCAUCGACACUCUGUACUUCUGCUCUGGAGCUGUGUUGAAGCUCUUUGUGCAGGUGCCGAGAAAGAAGAUCGCCAUCUCUAUCAGACUGCUCGUAACGAAUUACCACAUCAGGACAGCUUUCAGCUCGAAUAGGGCGGAUAUGUCGGAUCAGCCAGGAGCAACAAUGAUUAUAGCCAUGUAUGAUCAUGUGCGAAUGAUCAUCACUACACUUCGGCAUGCAAGGUGUCGGCACACCAUUCAGGACCAAUGUCUUCUUCCGAAGAUCAACGCCCACGAACCUGUUUCGGAUCCAGAUUCCUUCAAUGGCGCACCCGAUUACGAACGGCGGGAUUGCUCCAUAUUGAUCCAUGAGUAA